AUGGAACUAGAACCUAGUCUUUUCAGAAUACUAGAAGCAUUGGCUCCACAGUUGUUGUCACAGGCUCACUUGCAGGCGUUUGUAUCCGACGUUGUCAAACUGCUACAAUCAUCCACCAAGUCAGCAGCUCAAUUGAAUCCUUUGAUCAAUUUUUACAAGUCACAAUUACCAGAUUCUCCUGAAACGACAAUCAUGUGGCAUAAGAUUGAAAAAUUUCUCGAUGCUUUAUUUGGAAUUCAGAAUACAGAUGAUAUGGUAAAGUAUCUAUCCGUUUUUCAAUCCCUAAUCCCAUCCAAUGAUAGAACGAUAAUUGGACAAACAUCAAACGGGCUCAACAUGGAAAAUCUGGCUAAUCAUGAACAUCUAUUGAGCCCGGUUCGAGCUCCAAGUAUAUAUACAGAAGCUUCAUUUGAAAAUAUGGACCGAUUUUCAGAAAGAAAAUCCAUGAUAUCUUCACCUAAUCGUUAUAUUCCCUCUUCGACUUAUAGUUCUGUCACUUUAAGACAAUUAUCAAAUCCUUACUAUGUUAAUACUAUACCUGAGGAAGAUAUCCUAAAAUAUGUCUCAUAUACAUUAUUGGCUACCACAUCUGCAUUAUUCCCGUUUGAUCACGAGCAAAUACAAAUUCCAUCCAAGAUACCCAACUUUGAGAGUGGACUUUUACAUUCAAUAUUCGAAGCAGGUUUACUGUAUCAAAAUUUGGGUUAUAAAGUUGAAAAGUUUAGAACGUCCAAUAUAUCCCCCAUGAAAAAAGCAUUGAUUAUAGACAUUUCAGAAGAAUUGCAAAAUUACACAGCAUUUGUGAACAACCUGAUCUCUUCAGGGUCAGUGGUGUCAUUAAAAUCGUUAUAUCGUGAACUAUAUGAAAAUAUAAUAAGACUCCGAAUAUACUGUAGAUUUACAGAACACUUUGAAGAAUUGAGUGGAGACAUAUUCUUGAUUGAACUAGAUAUUUUCAAAUCUCACGGAGAUCUCACUAUAAGAAAAAUAGCAACAGAUUUGUUUAAUUCAAUGGUUUCCCUUUACUACGAAUAUUUAAUGAAUUGGUUAACCAAAGGGCUUCUUCAAGCUACUUAUGGAGAAUUCUUCAUUGCUACAAACACAGAUUUAAAUGGUGUUGAUAAUGAUCUUAUUUACCACAUUCCCAUAGAAUUUGAUCAAGAAAGAGUUCCUGCUUUCAUACCGAAAAAGUUAGCAUAUAAAAUAUUCAUGAUCGGAAAAUCGUAUAUUUUCUUAGAAAAAUACUGUAAAGAGGUUCAGUGGACAAAUGAAUUUUCGAAAAGGUAUUAUGUGCUGUACCAAAGUAACUCUUAUAGAGGAAUAUCUACAGACUUUUUUGAAAUUAUAAAGGAUCAAUAUUCUGAAAUCAUUAAUUAUACUAAUCGUGUUCUAGAUCAAAAGUUUCAUUAUAAGGACGUUGUGUUUGCAUUAAAAGAUAUUCUUCUUAUGGGUAAAUCUGAUUUUAUGGACACUCUUAUAGAAAAGGCUAGCGAUAUUCUUGCAACACCAUCAGAUUCAUUGCCAAAUUAUAAGUUAACUAGAUUUUUACAGGAGGCGGUACAACUUUCUUCUUUAAGACAUUUAAUGAAUAAUUCUCGCACCACUUCCGUCAUUAAUGGUUUGGAUGCGAGGGUACUCGACCUGGGACAUGGGUCGGUAGGUUGGGAUGUUUUCACUUUAGAUUACAUACUCUAUCCUCCCUUAAGUUUAAUAUUGAACAUAAAUCGUCCUUUUGGUAGAAAAGAGUAUUUAAGAAUUUUCAAUUUUUUAUGGAGAUUCAAAAAGAAUAAUUACUUCUAUCAAAAGGAAAUGUUGAAAAGUAAUGACAUUAUCAGAUCAUUCAAAAAAAUCAGAGGUUAUAACCCUCUUAUCCGCGAUAUUACCAAUAAACUUUCCAGAAUCAGCAUACUUAGGACUCAAUUUCAACAAUUCAACUCUAAAAUGGAAUCUUAUUAUUUGAACUGCAUUAUAGAGGAAAACUUCAAGGAAAUGACCGGAAAACUAAACAGCACAGAAAAUAAAACUCAAAAUCAAUUUGAUUUAAUUAGAUUAAAGGAUGGCACCGUAGAAUUAAACGGAAUACUACCCCCAAAAUUUAACGUACUAGUUAACUCUCCAAGAAGUAUACCUCAAAAAUACAGGGUUGAAAAGGAACUAAAUAUUGAUGAAUUAGAAAGCCUACACAAUGUGUUCCUGACGAAUAUUCUUUCUCAUAAACUUUUUGCAACUAAUGUGAGUGAAAUAAAGGUCGGUGAUUAUUCCGGUCAACCAUACCCAACUUCGUUAGUUUUACUUUUGAACUCAGUCUAUGAAUUUAUCAAAGUUUAUGGCAGUUUGAACAAAAUUUCUUACGAAAUUUUUAUCAAAAUGAAUCUCAACGACCAUGAAGCAUCUAAUGGAUUAUUAGGAAAUUUAAAUGCAAUCUUGAAGGAAGUCGUCAUCCAGUACAAGAGUUUCAAAGACAGAUUGUUUAUCUUUAGGGCAGAUUUAAGAAAUGAUGGCGAUGAAGAGCUUUUCUUACUAAGCAAAUUAUUGCGUUAA